GCGCAUAGAAGGGGCGGGGCGAGAAGGGGCGGAGCGCGCCGAGCUAGGGGAGAGGCGGAACACCCGGAGUCACCGCAGGCAUGGCCACGCUGCGUGGUCUGCGAGAGACGCCCCGGCACUUACUAGUCUGUGAGAAAUCCAACUUCGGCCACGACAAGUCACGCCACCGGCAUCUCGUGGAGACGCACUAUCACAAUUACAAGGUUUCUUUCCUAAUUCCUGAAUGUGGGAUACUAUCGAAAGAACUGAAAAACCUGGUCAUGGAAACAGGACCCUAUUACUUUGUGAAGAACUUACCUCUUUAUGAAUUAAUUACACACGAAUUCAUCAACACCUUUGUGAAGAAAGGUUCAUGCUAUGCACUGACAUACAAUACAAAUAUUGAUGAAGAUAAUACUGUUGCUCUGCUACCAAAUGGGAAAUUAAUUUUAUCACUGGAUAAAGACACUUAUGAAGAAACUGGACUUCAAGGUCGUCCAUCUCAGUAUUCUGGAAGGAAAAUUAUGAAAUUUAUUGUUUCCAUUGAUUUGAUGGAUUUAUCCUUUAUCAUGGAUUCUAAGAAGUAUGAAAGAAUAUCUUGGUCCUUGAAAGAAAAGAAGCCAUUGAAAUUUGAUUUUCUUUUGGCUUGGCAUCAGACAGGUACAGAAGAAUCAGUGAUGAUGUCAUACUUCUCCAAAUACCAGAUUCAAGAGCAGCAGCCCAAAGUAGCAGUGAGCACAUUGAGAGAUCUGCAGUGCCCAGUGCUGCAGAGUGGCGAGCUCCGAGGAGAGGCGGAGGCGUCCUGCAGCGCUCCAGAGCUCUUUGACUGGCUGGGUGCCGUCUUCUGUGGUGUAGACCCAAAUAAUGAACCCAAUAAUUUCAUAUCAACCUACUGCUGUCCUCAGCCAAGCACAGUGGUGGAAAAAGCUUAUUUGUGCACAGUCACUGGUUUCAUAGUUGCGGAGAAGAUCUGUAUUCUGCUGGAACAGCUGUGCCACUACUUUGAUGAGCCGAAGUUAGCUCCGUGGGUUACAUUGUCGGUGCAGGGUUUUGCAGACAGCCCCGUUUCAUGGAGAGAAAGUGAACAUGGUUUUCAGAAAGGAGGAGAACACUUAUACACCUUUGUGAUUUUUAAUAACCUGGACUAUUGGCUUCAGAUGGCUGUUGGAGCAAAUGAUGACUGUCCACCCUAAAAAAUACAAAAUUUAAAAUCA